AUGAAGCUUCGAUACAAGGCGCCCUCAGGCGGGGGCAGCAUCGAGGUCGACGAUGCCGCGACCGUCGCGCAGCUGCUCGAAACCCUCAAGUCCACCACGGGCUUCGCUGACGUCACGGUCAAGUACAGCUGGCCGCCGCAAGCCGACCACGGGUUGAUGAAGAGGGGGCAUGGUAAAGGGCGAUAUAUUAAGGUCAUCUCUGGACUGGACGGUCAAGGUCUUGACGUGCCCGUCAUUCGGAAACCCAAAGGACGUAUGAUUAUCCAGAGCCGCAAACGACAUCUGUCGAGGCGGUCCGGGGAGCUUCGGAGAUAUGUGUUAGCCGCCGUAUUGAUGGCUCGCGGAUGCCACGCCGCCGACGACGGCCCCAAGAACCCCCUCAACUGCCUACACGUCAGCUGCAAGCGACAUUCCGGCAAGGGGUUCACUCGUCUGGAAAAUCUUGACGAGCACCUCCGACGAGUCCAUCCUAGCAGUCCGGAUAGCGUUGCAGCUCUCGACGAUAAGCCCCAGGUUACGAAUGUCGGCCUCGGUUUGAGCUCGCUCGUUGGCGAAAAGCGCAAGGCGGACCUCUGCGACGAGGUCAAGCGCCUCCGGGCUGAGCACGGCGGCUUGCGCGGCCAAGUACACAAGCAGCGCGACGAGAGGAUAUGUCCGGUGCUCGUUACCCACCGACGAUCCCUCCCGGAGUCGAUCCCAACGCGAGAGAUGCGUUGGGCAUGA